CUCUCACUACAUCCCUUGUUUUUAAGAAAGAGAAAAAAGAGAGAGUGAUUGAGGAAAUCGUCUCGUUAUUGUACGUUUUACUCUCAUCACCUUCAAUGGCGAGGACCCACUUUUGUCUGUUACCUUCCUCAAUCCCCAGCUUCGUUGGCCUUCAUACUUUAUCCUUAUUUUAAUUCCGUUCACUCCCAUUUCCCCACCUUCCAUUUUACUUCAGUUCUCAAGCUUCUUCUUCGUGUUCCUCGUUUCUCUGAGUUUUAUUCUUUUGGUUCAUUCCCUGUAAAUCAGCGAUUGCAUUGGUUUUCAAUUGUAAUCCUUAAUGGGUCUUGGUUAAUUUUGAUGAAACGGUGAAACUCGGUUGAUUUUGAGUUGAAAUUAGUGUGGAUUUGAGAAUUUUAUAGUUGGGUUUCUUCAUUUUCUUCUCUUUUUUUGUCAUGGGUAUUUCUGAUUCAUUUGUUGAAACUGAUAAGCUCCAUUGAUUCUGAACUAAAAUUGGGGUUUUCUGUGUAAUUUAAUGGAUGUUGAGUUGAAAUCCUCUUGGGUUUAAUCCAGCUAGUUUUCACCAUUUCUGAAACGUUGAAACUCGGUUGAUUUUGAGAUGAAAUUAGUGUGGAUUUGAGAAUUUUGUAGUUGGGUUUCUUCGUUUUCUUCUCGUUUUUUUUCUUCUGAUUCAUUUGUUGAAAUUGAUAGGCUCCAUUUAUUCUGAGUUGAAAAUCGGUUAUUUCUCUGUAAUUUAAUGGAUUGAGUUAAAAUCCUCUUGGAUUUAAUUCAACUAGUUUUCACCAUUUCUAUCUCGACUGCCUCUGUUCUUCAUCCUCCUCUCUGUUUCUCUGUUCUGAUUACUCUGCAGAUUUUCAAUUCAAAUCUUCGUGGGUUUGACUCUGAAUUCUGUUUUCACCGUUUUUUCCCCAAAUGGGUUUCUAAUAAAUUUUAAUUUACUGAUAUUUCCGAUUUUAAUCUAAACCAAUUUCGUUGAUCGAUGGCCGGAAUGUUGCCUGGAGUUGAAUGUGCACGAAGGCGGCGGUUCCACCAGAGCAUAGCCUCAUCGGACUCGCCGUCCACGGCGGCGAAAUCAGGAUCUACAAGAAGACCAUCCUUCUGUUUGUACACAAGCAACCGUGAUUUUCAUUCCACUUCAUCAUCUUCUUCACAGCAUCGGAGCUCGUCGAAUCAAGCUUACCAGAACGAGAAACUUGGUGAAAUUGCAAGAGAAGCCAAGGAACGGUUAGAUGAGAGGUUGAGAACUCACAGAAAACCAGAAAAUUCAAGGAGGAAGAGUGAGAAUGAAAAAGUAGGGUGGAAGGGAUCAUCAGAAAAAAAUGGUGAGGAAAAAGAGAGAACAAAGGGAAAAGAAGAAUCAAUAAUAAUAACAAAGAAAAGGUUCAAUUGGGGGAAGCUUAUGAAAUGGAGAGCCUCAGAGCAAGAAGAGUGCACUGUUUGUCUAGAAAGGUUCAGAGUGGGCGAGCCACUGGUCCAUCUUCCAUGCGCCCAUAAGUUCCACUCCACCUGCUUGGUGCCUUGGCUCCAAGCCAAUUCCCAUUGCCCUUGCUGCAGGUUCCCUAUUCCCUCUUAAUAAUGAACCCUAACUCUUCUUCUUUGCAUUUUUUAGCCCUUUCCCCCCCUUUUGAACUCUUAUUUAUGUAAACGAUAAAUUAUUUGAAGAGGAUAAACAGUGGUUAGCGGGGAGUUUAUAUUGUUAGUUAGAUGUACUAGAGAUAAACGUUAAAACGAGAGUAGCUCAAAUGAUAGCAAUAGAGAGGUAUGUGAUUCGUGGUUCAAAUCUCACAUGUUGUACUAUACGAAUGUAUUAGAAAAGAAAACCAUGUGUUCAAGAAUUUAGAGGAGACAAGACAACCACGAUGUUACCAUCAAAUUAUAUGA